AUACAUUUUGGAUGGGGCGGGAUCCUCUCUGUUUAUUUCUUCCCCCUCUUCCAGGAUCCUGAUACGUGGCUGUUUUGGGAAAGCCGUGGAUGACCGACAGUUACUCCAGUGCUUCAGCAGCUGGGAGUCAGGAGAAACUCAGCGGCGCCGGCCUCCCUUCAUCAAGUCGGCCUGGAUGGCAGGGACACACUGGUGCAAAGACUGUCGAAACCACAAGAAUUAUUGGUUGCAAGUGCAUUUUGGACCGUGGGACGGAUGAAAGGUGGAAGCUGUGUGAAGCCCAGCUGGGCUGUAGCUGCUCUAUUUAUCCCAGUUACCCUGCUGAUGCUGACCUCCAGGGGGGCAUCAAGCAGCCAGAAGAUGUCACAAGCCUCUAUGGCUCAUGCAACAGCCACGGCUGCAGGAACAGGACCCAGCCUGACAGAUGACCUCCCAGGCCUCCGGGCAGUAGCAGACUUCUUAGCCAGUGAACAUGCUCAUGUUUGGCUCUUGUCCCUGGUGAGCUCUGUUGCUGUGGGCCUCAGUGGGAUUUUCCCCCUGCUUGUCAUUCCCAUCGAGGCUGGAGCAGCCCUCAAAACAGAAGCUGGAUGCCAGAAGCUGAAGCAACUCUUGAGUUUUGCUAUUGGUGGUCUCCUUGGCGACGUAUUCCUGCAUCUACUUCCUGAGGCGUGGGCUGUCUCUGACUCUCCAGCUGGUAGACAUAACCACUACAUGACCCAGGGCCUGUGGGUAAUCGUUGGCCUGUUGGCCUUCCUCCUCCUGGAGAAGAUGUUUCCAGACCCAGACAGUCAAGAGGAGCCCACUUCAGACUCAGACCUGAAUUCUAACUCUGCUACACAGUCUAAUUCAGUUUUCAGUGGAAAAGCAGUGGUAUCACUCAGAAAUGGGCUCCAUGCUGAGUCAUGGAAAUCCUCCAAGCAACAGAGUCUGCAGGAAAGAUCAGAGAAAAUUAAGACAAGUGGAUACCUAAACCUACUGGCCAACUGCAUUGACAACUUCACUCAUGGACUGGCCGUUGCAGGGAGUUUCCUGGUUAGCAAAAAGGUUGGGUUCCUCACCACCUUCGCCAUCCUGCUCCAUGAAAUCCCCCAUGAGGUGGGAGACUUUGCCAUUCUGCUGAGGGCUGGGUUUGACCGGUGGAGUGCUGCUCGCAUGCAGCUGUCCACAGCACUGGUCGGGGUCCUGGGAGCUUGCUUCGCUCUGUGCGCUCAGUCACCACAAGGCACAGAAAAUGCCACUGCCUGGAUAUUGCCUUUCACCUCUGGAGGCUUCCUCUACAUAGCCUUGGUGAAUGUGGUGCCUGACCUGCUGGAGGAGUCCAGUUUAAGGCAGUCCCUACUGCAGAUCCUGCUCAUUUUCUGUGGUGUGGCCGUCAUGGCUCUGCUCUCUGCCAUUGUUGACUGAACAUGGAGGAAACUCCCCUCGUCUCGCCUUACCAAAACACUAAAACGCAGCACUGGAGAGAAAUCCUGUUCUCCACCCCCCCCAUAUCUGGUACCUCUCAUUCAUGGAAAGUUCAUCUUGGUCUUGUUACACUAACAAAUAUCUGACAGAAGAACAGCACUUUAUGGAUGGAUAACUGAAAGGAAGACCUUCUUGAUCUGCUGACUGGACAUUUGUGUGGACACUUAUUAUGUGCCAGGUUUAAAAUAUUGAGGGAAUUCAGAGGGUUUAUAUAGAUAUCUGUCGCCAAAUUGUCUUAAAUUGUUGAUCAGACAAUCACGUUUUUUUUGCACAUACAUUUACACAGGUACACCUGAUGCACCUGCUCAACAACAACAGGUAUUAUUGGACCUCUACAAGGACCUUCCUUCUUUAAAAUGUAUUCAACCAUAAAUAGUUUAGACAUUGUAUGUAUUGUUACUGUUGUUGCAUCUUCUUCUUUCUGAUGUAGCUGCUUAAUAUUUAUUGAAAAUGAGACGAGCAACAUACAGCUUUAUUAGAUGUGCGUCACCACGCCAUCAUUUUGUCUUGUUAAGAAAUAAGUGCCAAGAAAUCAGGAUGGUCUGUUACAAUAGUGUCUAGUCUAAACCAAAUUUGUUCCUCUGUUUGUGUCUUCCUCAACACACUACGGUCUGCACCUUUUUUUUUUUUUGGCACGAGUUGGUGCUUACACAAAACUCUGCCUGAGUAAAUAAUUGUGAAAUUUUCUUAAAUGAAUUGAAGAAAAAGAUGUUUGUUAAUGUUCAGUUAUGACUUAAACUUCUGGCCAAGACUACAGGGAUAAAACUCUGAGAACGUUAACCAUGCAGGAUUAUUCUUAUCACUAUGUUGUUGAUGCACCUCUUGGUGAAAGUUUCCACCCCUGAAGAAAUAAAUAUAUAUCUAUAUAAAAAAUAAAAAAAAAA